UGACAGUGCGAUGGCAACGACUCUUUUCCAAAUACGCUCUUUGUUCACACGUGAGAAGAAGGGUCACCGUCUACGAAUUUAGGAAACACACCUGGAGUCCUGGGCGCGACUGUUGGACACCUUCGCACUAAUGUCCACUCGCUGACUGACGUCCCCUUAGACAAAUGCAUGGACACACAGACAUUCCCUUAGUCCCUAUUACCCAGAAUUCCCCUCCAAUUCCAGUCCCCCCAAAAUCCAGCCUUCGGCACCCCCGACUCCCCCGCCCUUAGACCAACGACUGUGGUCUCCAGCGAGCACCAAGACCUCUAAUGCUGUCUCUGCCCACCCUACCUACCCAAUAUUGCUGCCCCCCCCAACCCCUCACCCCCCGAUCCCAAAUGCUGCUCCAGGACCAGAAGAGGAGUUACCGCGCCGUUCAGUCCUGUGAGGACGGGGCCCGGGGCCCGGGGCCCUAUCAGGAACCACUCAUGGCCCUGGCGCAGAACUGCGCUCUCAUGCACAACGUGUUGGGCCCUGCCUGCAUCUUCCUGCGCAAGGGCUUCGCUGAGAGCCGGCAGGCUGACAGAGAGUUGAGGCCGGAAGAGAUGGACGAGUUGAGGGAGGCCUUCAAGGAGUUUGAUAAAGAUAAAGACGGCUUUAUCGGCUGCAAGGACCUGGGCAACUGCAUGCGCACCAUGGGCUACAUGCCCACAGAGAUGGAGCUCAUCGAGCUGAGCCAGCAGAUCAACAUGAACUUGGGAGGCCACGUGGACUUUGAGGACUUCGUGGAGCUGAUGGGACCCAAGCUCUUGGCAGAAACGGCGGACAUGAUAGGUGUGAAAGAACUGCGGGAUGCUUUCAAGGAGUUUGACGCGAACGGCGACGGCAAGAUCAGCACAGCUGAGCUCCGAGAAGCGAUGAAGAAGCUGCUGGGCCAACAGGUGGGCCACCGUGACCUUGAGGAGAUCCUGAGGGAUAUUGACUUGAACGGGGAUGGACACGUGGACUUUGAGGAAUUUGUACGAAUGAUGUCCCGCUGAAAGGGAAGAAGGCCGCAGCGUGUCAGGGUUGCUUCGCCGGAGUCGAGACGCUGGCCCGUCCGCGGUUCGGCCGAGAGACGGAGGGAGGGAGGGAGGGAACGAGGGAGAACAUUCCGCAUUUGGUGGCCCCUGCGAAGGACAUUGGGAACUGCUGCUGUAAGACCUCUGACCUCUGAGCCACGUGGGAACCAGCACCACAGUCGGUGUUGUCUAGCACGUGAUUUACCACACAUUUACCGUCAACGGACAGGCUGGGAGCCGUAGAUACACCGUUUUACCUGCCCUUCCUACCUGUAUGUGGAGACGCCGCCGUGGGGACGUGGACGUGGUGAUGGCAAUAUAUCUCCCCUCUGGAUCCACUGCAUCCAGGGCAGUUGUCCUUGCGUGAGCGUGUGUUCGGAACAAUACAACGCUUCAUUAUAAACUCUAUGCUUCGUUAUUUUUACCAUAGAAAUAAGGGAGCGACUGCAUCAUCCUGUGUGUCUUUACCAUACCUGCGUUGUGCCCUCCGUCCACACAACCUCUCGCUUUGUGGACCGGUCGACCUGAAGAACAUCCGAGGAGGGAUGCCUCUCUCUCACCUAAAUUUUACCCUGUUACUGCACUCAGUGACUGAGGUAUUGUAUAUUUUACAUUAGAUUUAUUUA